AGUCACGAGUUGAUUGGUUUAUCUUAUAUUCAAUAACAUGUAUUUCCAUGUAUUUCCAUCGGAAACAAUACGCCUAUUGUUCCAUGACGCUGUCAGUACCGCGCUUUCGUUGCGAGUGUGGCCGCGUUAGGUAUCUGUUGUCUUAAUUUUCUCGUUUAUAUAUCCUUUAUUACAUUCUUUGCAUCACGGCACUGUCAUGCCAUUAUUUGCGACAUUAAUGACUCGCACAGGUGUUAGUGUACUUUUCUACAUCCAACGAAGAUUAAAAUUGCAACAUACCCGAUAUGUACAAUCGUGACCUAACCUAACGUUUCGUGCAUAAUGUGAUUAAUCAUACCAGAUCUAAUGUUAUUGGACACGGAAUGUCUUACUCGAGGCACACGAGAUAUUGAAAGGACUUAUUAUGAGAAUAUAGAAGUAAUAUUUUCAUACGCAUGUAAUUUUUGACGUUGUCAAUUAUUUACAGUAUACUGUGCCGUCGAGCAAUUUACAAUGUGUACUCAAGGAAGUGAUUCUGAAUGUACAGCAAAUGAUAUCAUGAGAGAAAGGAACUACGAACAUUGCCUCCCUGGCUACCUUACGAGAAUACUUCCCCAUGACCACUUGGACGGUGACGAUGUGGAUAUCACAAUGACUCCUCGCACGUACAAUUGGUUUAUCUUCUGUUCGAUAUGUUCUAUACUUAUGCAUAUUAUAGAUAUGGUAUUUGAUUAUAACAUUGCCAUACAGUAUCUUUUAUAUAAUAAGAUAACAUAUUUCACCUGGACUAUUUGUUUCAUCGUCAUUCCAUCUCUGAUAAAUUGCAUUGUCAGCAAGAGGAUGCAAAAUCAAGAUAAAGAGAUACACACAAGUACAAAUGAUUUAAACGGUACCAAAAUAUCGCAUAUAAUGAUUAAAAAUAAAUAUUGCUUUGUGGUUACUGUUAUCUUCCAAUUAGCACCGGUUUUACAUUAUUAUGAAAGUAUGAAGUAUGCAUUAAAAGCAUACCAAUAUGGGAAAUCUGGUGAUCGUGUCAAUGCAAGUCGAAAUCACUCAAAGAUGCUCACAGAAGUUGAGGAUGUUGCAUUACUAAGAGUGUUUGAAUGUUUUCUGGAGGCUGCACCGCAACAGAUUUUACAGCUAACUAUACUAUUAAAGAGUCAUAAUGAAAUAAAUUUUUAUUUUGUACACCAAGUAGCUACUAUUGUCAGCUCACUUGGAAGUAUGGGUUGGGCAAUGGCCACUUACAAUCGCAGCAUUCGUUUAGCUCAGCAAGAUAAAUCAAAUAUCAGUAAUGUCGGAGUUGCUGUCCAGUUUUUUUGGCAUUUUUUCAUUACAGUGGCAAGAAUUCUGUCGGUCAGUGUCGUCGCAAGCAUUUGGCCUAUUUUUACUAUAAUUUGUUGCAUAAUACAUUGGAUAUGUAUGACAAUAUGGGUCGUGAUCGAUUCCCAUGGAAUGUUGCAAUUCUGUCGGGAUUACAGCCGUUCGCCGCACCUUAAGCCGAAAUUACGAGAAUAUGUGUAUUCCAUACUGUUUGCAACCGUUAUUGGUAUAAUUCAUAUUUUCAUAUAUUUUAACACGGUAGACAGCAAUACAUUCUGGAAGCAUUUAUUUUUCUAUAUACUCUGUUUCUUGGAAAAUAUUGCAUGUAAUGUUGUAUGGGGGUACACUUCUCCUGCAGAAGUUACAUGUGCCUGGUACUUCAAGGUAUGUCUUGCUUUCUGUACUUUGUCCUUUUUCUUGGGAAUUGCAGCAAUGAUUAUUUAUUAUACUAUAUUCCAUCCUUCAAAGAAACAACAUUCGGCAGUAUCACAAAUAACAUAAACUUAGGACAUUUGUGUGUCUCUCUUUUUGUAAACCAAGUGAAAACUGAAACAAUUUAUAUCUUUACAUUUGGCACUAUAAAUUCCUUUCCAAGAAAAAACGAUCUAAAAUAUUAAUAUCAUGAAAAAAAGGUGACUAAAAGUAUCAGUAUGGGUAUUUCUCUUUGAUAUUUCACUUAUUUUCAUAUACUUACUAUGUGUAUAUAAUAUGUGUAUAUAAUAUUUUUACACACGUAAAUACAAGUUAAAAAUAUAAGUUACAAAUUUAAUCGGAAUCAUUUCUAUUUUAGCAUUAAGAAUAUUGUUUUGAUUUCAUCAUCACAUUUUUUCUGGAUUGUCAGUAUUACUAUAGUUUGUCGUACUUAGUUAUUAUAAUUAUAACAUAUUCUCUAUAGUUAUAUAUAUAUUUAUAAUUCAUUCAAAAACAAAUGUCCUUUACCUUAUUAAUUGCAUUAAAUUUUAAAUCUUUCAUAUUUCAAGUAAUUAUAGGUAUUCGAGGAAAGAACAUGGAAAAGAAAAAUUGCAGAAAAUAAUAUAAAGUACCCAAAUAAGGUAAACCAUAAUUCCUUAUCAUUUUCACAAUAUAAUGUCAGUUAAUCUAAUGAAGAUAGAAAUUGAUUUAAUCUUUCAGGCUUAUGAUAUGAUUUUUUAACAAGACGAUAAAAUAAGUUUGUACAUAUUUAUAUAUAUUUCUUGCCAAACUGAUAUUACGUUUACUUGUAUUUUUAUUGUUUCAAUUAUUACGGUUUUGCAAAAACCGACGAAUAUAUUGUACAUGAAGUAAAUAAGUGUAUCGCAAUUGAUUCAUAAAGGCCAAAUCAUACUAUAACUUUGUAAGUGCAUCUUUUACUUUUACAUUUCAAUUAUAAAAGAAUAACUCUCAGGGAAAGAAGUAUUUAUAUAGAAUACAUAAACUUAAGGUAUUAUUGAAUUUUUCUAAUCAUCAAAUUGUAUAUGUGUAUGUAUAUAUAUAUAUGUAUAUAUAUAUAUCAUGUACAAAUCUGUAUUUUUACAACUUCUAGUCGCAAUAAUCAUUUUACUACUUUUAUAUUUGUAUAUUUUGUAAAACUUUGUAUCUUUCUUGUAACAUAUAUUGUGUUAUAAAAUAAAUACAUAUUACA